UCCUUUACCGUUUCUUCCAUUUACAUUUUCAAUUUGGGCUGCUCCAGCAUUAAGGCGGCAGUGGGAAGCUAAUGUUGGCGCGUCGAAUGCCUUCAGUGGCAGUUUAUCUCCCGCAAGCUCUUCCAUGGCGUCGUCGACCUCCUCACAGUCACUCUAUCAACUCCAGGACGGCGCUUGUAUUCCAUUCCUUGCUCGCUUUUUGCCCCAAAACUAUUUUAGUUUCUCUUUGUUCUGCUUCCCAAUUAGCCACUGAAGCUGUAGAACCAAUUCAUGCGGAAGAAUUCUCGAAGCGCGGACCCUUGAAACCUGGGUUAUAUCUGGUUGGCACGCCAAUUGGCAAUCUUGAAGAUAUCACCCUACGUGCUCUACGUGUCUUAAAAUCAGCACACGUCAUUCUUUCAGAGGAUACAAGACACUCAGGAAAGUUGCUUCAGCAUUUCAGCAUUAAAACCCCUCUUUUGAGUUUUCACAAAUUCAACGAGUCUCAAAGAGAGCAAACAGUGUUGAAGAGAUUAAAACAGGGUGAAAUUGUUGCCCUAAUUAGUGAUGCAGGGACACCAGGCAUUAGUGACCCUGGUACUGAGUUGGUUAGGUUAUGUGUCAAUGAAAAUAUACCGGUUGUUCCUGUUCCCGGGCCCUCUGCUGUUGUUGCUGCAAUUUCUGCCUCUGGCUUGUCAACUGAUGAAUUUACUUUUGUUGGAUUUCUUCCUAAGCAUGCUGCAACCAGAAGAGAGAGGCUGAUGGUUUCAGCAAAUGAGGAGGCAACUCAAAUAUUCUAUGUUCCUCCACACAAACUCAAGCAGUUUCUCGAGGAAACUUCACAAUUAUUUGGUGAAUCAAGGCGAUGUGUUAUAGCUCGUGAAAUGACCAAGAUACACGAGGAGUUUUGGCGGGGUACCCUGGCUGAAGCUAAAGAAUUCUUCUCGUUGAACCCAACCAAGGGUGAAAUUACACUGCUGAUUGAGGGAAAGCUAAGUCCUGAAGUUGAAACUCCAUCAGAGUCACAGUUGGAAAAGGAGUUGGAAGAAUUAAUCUCCACUGGGCAUAGGCUUUCAAUGGCUGUCAAAUUGGUUGCUAGCAAAACAUCAGCCAGUAGGAAAACUGUCUAUUCAAUUGCAUUGCGAAGAUUCGGGAAUCAACUUGGAGUGGAGAACAAUUCUUGUAAAUAAAUGACCGUCUGUAACAUACUUGCCAGAGGUGUAAGUUGUUAAUUGCUUAUACUCAUCUCUUUUUUUGCAAAAUGACUACAUUGUAUCAACUUUUCUGGUUAUCUUAUGAAGAACAAGUUGCCUUUC